GAAACUUUUCGAUGGAUCCCCAGCACGUUUACGAGGAGAGCUUGCCGUUGAUCCAAGAGAUUCACAAGACAUCAAUUGAAGGCGAUGCUCUUGUCCCUGGUGGUGCUCAGCCUCUUAACUCGCCUGAGAUUCUGGGUCUGCUUGCCCAGUUCGGUGCAGUAGGGUUCGUCUUCACCCUCCUGCCGGCACUCAAUUACCCAAUUUUCAACGUGUACUUGCAAAUGGAAGGGUAUCAAACAGCGUCGUAUGGCGUGCUGGUGUCGAUGGGUUGGUCCUUUAAAGUCGUGUUUGGCAUGUUGUCCGAUUGCGUUCCCAUAUUUGGCUACCGUCGCAAGUCGUGGAUGGUUCUCGGUUGGUCGGUGUGCUUUGUCUGCUUGGCGAUCAUGGCAUCGUUACCGAUCGGAGCUCCAUAUUGCAAUCGCAAGCUUAGCUCGUACUGCGGUACGCCACUGGCCAACGUGCCCUUGGCAGAGCUACGUUCGCACUUCAAUCUCCACGCGCCAGACCAAGGCUCGCUGUUCAUUAUUCUGUCAAUGCUUGUCUCCGUCGGAUAUGUCAUUGCCGAAUGCGCUUCUGACGCCAUGAUCAUCAAGUACGCUCAGCGAGAACCGCUGGCCACGCGUGGUCGCGUGCAAACCGCGGCGUUCACCACUCGGUACCUCUGUGGCCUUCCUGCAUUGGCAGUCACUGCAUUUGGGCUCAACGGCAUCCAGUACAAUGGUACGUUUUCGUUUUCGCUGUCUCCAAACGUUCCCUAUGCCCUUUGCUUGGUGCCGUGUCUGCUGGCAUGUGUGGCCGUGGUGGUUGUUGUGCAAGAGGACCCGACAACUGCAUCCCCAUCGACCAUUAUUACCGUCGCGUCGUGGUGGCAAGGGUUCUGGGCGCUACUUCAACGACAGGCCAUGUGGCAAGUGUGCAUUUUCAAGUUCGUCAAUGGCUUCUUCCGCACCAUCACGGCCACGCCGCUCAACCCGAUCAAGUCCACGUGGGCCCAUGUGACGCCGCUCACAGACGCCGUGUCCACGAUGGUCGGUACUGCGCUCUUUUGCUCCGCACUGGCGAUCGUGGGCAGGUACGGGCUGCACUGGAACUGGCGGUGGAGUCUUGUGGUGGCCAACUUGUCCAUUCUCGUGCUGGACGCCACCGUCAUGUUGUGCACGACGUGGAAUGUGGUUCGAAAUCAGUGGUUCUUCGCUGGGGUGACCAUGUUCGAGCAGAUUCCGAACGGAAUGAUCAUGAUCAUCGGGUCGUUCUGUGCCGUGGAAAUGGCCGACGUGGGCACAGAAGGCGCCACGUAUGGCCUGCUGACGUCGUUGGCGAAUUUGACCUACCCGUUGUCGGCCGCCGUGUACAAUUACGUGGACUCGUUCUUUAAAGUCAGCCAAAACGACAUUAAGACCGAUUCCAACGCCGUUCGAUGGGACGUCACGACCGUGUAUGCGAUAUCGUAUGGCUGCAAACUAGUGGCCCUCGUCCCCCUGGUUCUUCUUCCGUCCCAGAAACCCCAACUGCAAGCGCUGAAGCGUCGGGGCGGCCACAGUCGCGUCGCCGGCGCCGUGGUGCUACUCGUGUGUGCAUGCAGUUUGACAUUUUCACUCGCGUCCAACUGUUUUGCAGUGUUUCCGUCCACAAAGUGCUUUCGCAUUGCUGGGGGCAAUGGCGUCGUGGGUCCGGAUGGGUAUUGUGUGCAGUCAGUCGAAAUAAAAAGGGCAACCUGAAUGAAUAUUUUACAAUGUUCUGGCCCAACCGCCAUUUUGCAUUUUGGAGCCAAAUUGUCAAUAAAUGCAAUAACGCUGAU